AGCUACUUCCGGCGGCCACACCCCAACGCAGAGCGUCUCCAUUUUGGCCGCGCAGGUGGAGACUCGACGAGAACCUGCGGAGUAGCGGAGUGGAGUCAGCAGAACUGUGAGGGCCGAAUCGGCUCACCGCACUUUCUCCCUUUCUUCCUCCGCCCGCAGAAGCUGGGGGCUCUCAUGGCGGGCUUGGAGGUACUGUUCGCGUCGGCGGCGCCGGCCAUCACCUGCGCGCAGGACGCGCUCGUCUGCUUCCUGCACUGGGAGGUGGUCACGCAUGGCUACUACGGCUUGGGUGCCGGCGACCAGCCAGGUCCCAAUGAUAAGAAAUCAGAACUGCUGCCAGCGGAAUGGAACAACAAUAAAGACCUGUAUGUCCUCCGGUAUGAGUCAAAGGAUGGGUCCAGAAAGCUCCUUGUGAAGGCUGUCACUGUGGAGAACAGCAUGAUCAUCAAUGUGCUGGAACAUGGCUCACAGCAAGUGUCAGACUUGACCCUGAACUUGAAUGAUUAUAUCGAUUCAGAUCACCUGGUUGACUUCCACAGGGUCUACAAGAAGAGUGAGGAACUUCGGUCUCGUCUUGUGUCUGGGAUCAUCACACCUAUCCAUGAACAUUGGGUCAAGGCUAGCGAAAGUCCCCAACAGGAGUUUCCCCCUGCCACUGCCAGAGAGAUUGACCCACUCCAGAUUCACCCACACUACCCACAUACCAGCCGGCAGCCUCCCUGGUGUGAUCCCCUGGGCCCAUUUGCUGUCGGGGGAGAGGACCUAGACCCCUUUGGGUGUCGGAGAGGUGGCAUGAUCGUGGAUCCCCUGAGAUCCGGCUUCCCAAGAGCACUUAUUGACCCAUCAUCGGGCCUCCCAAACCGGCUUCCUCCAGGCGCUGUGCCCCCAGGAGCACGCUUUGACCCCUUUGGACCCAUUGGGACCAGCCCACCUGGACCUAACCCAGACCAUCUCCGCCCGCCGGGCUACGAUGACAUGUACCUGUGAAGGCCUCAAGAAUGUAACAUACCAUCCUUCCCUCUACUCUCCUGGAGCUGCCACUGCUAGCCCCAUCAGCAACCGUUUUCUUGUGGGCUGGGGGCAAGGGACUCUGCCCAUGUGUUUGCAGGCCAGCUGGGAUUGCCUCCCCACCCCCUGCCAGGGCCAAGGUACCUGCUGUAGCUGUCCACCUGGCUGCAUAUAGGUCCCAAAGAGAAAUCAGUGUCUCUCACCACCAGCUCCUCCCCACUUCCCAGGGAAGACUCCGGCAACAUAUACCCUCGACCCGAUGCAGUCCCAGUUGCAGCACUGUAAGAACAGAACACAUUUUGGAUGUUAUUACUAAGAACCAAAUGUCAAUACAAAAAUCAUGUUGCCAGUA